UAGAGUGCAAUAGCCUAUUGACCUUAUCUGGUUUCAUGAUUUCUUCUGUUUACUUCUGGCGUUUACUUGAUUCAACAUUGUUUCCUAUCUUCUUGUAUGAAGGAACAGAAGGUUCUAUUUGGAGUACUGCUUUCAGUAGCAGGCAGUUUCUUUCCUUUCGCUCGGUGGCAAUGAAACCUUGGGGACUCUAUUGCGUAACUUAUUACUGCUCAAUUCUGUGGAUGGUACAGGUGACCAAUGGAUGCCAACUGAAGCCCUCCGCCACUGCCCAGGCACCAGAAAUUCAAUUGUCUGAUAAAAGCGGGGAUAACAAUUAUUACACUCUGGUUAUGACGGAUCCAGAUGCUCCAAGCCCCAGCGAACCAAGUUUGCGUGAGUGGCUGCAUUGGAUUGUUACUGAUAUACCCGGAAACAGCGGAGGCUCAGAGACGAAUACUGGGUUUUCAUGGUUGAGUGAACAGGCUACUUCGACAAGCAGCUCUGGCAGAGAGUUAGUGCCAUAUAUCGGUCCACGCCCACCAAUAGGCAUACACAGAUAUAUUUUCGUUUUGUUCAAGCAGCCCUCACAAUCAUUUCUCAUAUCUCCACCUGCAGCGCGCAACAACUUCAGCACACGCAAUUUUGCAGCGUACUAUGGAUUGGGUCUUCCUGUAGCUGCGACCUACUGCAAUUCCCAAAAGGAGCCUGCUAGUCGAAGCCGUUGAGGAGUGAAUAGUUCAUUUGCACUGGUUUGUUACUAACAUAUGGCAAGAAGUGCGGAGUUAAACUGGUGUGUCAAGUUCUAAGUUUAAGUUAACCGUUCCCUAUCACCAGCACUACGCCAGUUCACGUCGUCCGAGUUUAUAGUGUUACUGUACUAUUCAUUCAGUUUCACUCAAAGUUCCUAAGAACGACUACUUAGUACCCAGGUUGCAGGUUAAAUACAAGGGAGCAACAACAUAAGUUGAGAUCCAUCCAGAUCUUUUACUUCACCCGUGUGAGCAAGGCGGCGCCGAAGAUCAGGUGGAAAGUGAACAGGAUUGAUACGUAGAGUUCUUACCCGGGACCUGUAUAAAGCUUAACGAGAAAUCUUCUCGAAGCCUUCAUAAUGGCUUCUGAUUUCAUGCACUAGAAACUUUUCAUCAAGAUGUCUUAUGAGAAAUAUUAGCCAAUACAACCCCUGCACCUGCAAUAAUGUUGCAAAUAUUCGCGUGCACAUAUCUCUUUAGUGGCUCAGGCUUUCUGGCCUGCUGGUGCCAAUGGAGUAGUAUCGCAGUGCCGAAGUCUUCUGAACCAAAUGUCGAUUAUAGCCAACAACCUGUCGGCAUCGAAACAGUUUGCCAACGGCUGUGUCCAUCCUCGCUUGUCUAUUCCUCUCGAAGGUUGAUACGUAGUCAACCUUAUUUACUAAAGAUCUGCUCCUGGUGCAGUAAUCCGGAGAUCUGCAAUCCGUUAAUGAGUGGCACAAGGCAUUGCCCCGCGCGCACACAUAUGCAUACUUUGAUAGAGGAAAGCUCCUCGGUGAUUUCUCUACAGUACACAUCUCCAGCGGAUGCGAUUCUAAAGCUGAUGGAUUAUCAACGAGAUGUAGGCCACAAUCAAUAGCAGAUGUUGCAGCGACUUUGGCAUCUGCAGAACCUUAUUCCUGAGUCUUAUGUUCAGCUAUUCUCCAUGCAAGCAGAUAUUUGAAUGCAAGAGAGAAAGACAGAUAUGAUAACUCGUGUCUCAUAUCUUCUAUCCUCUUGAACAUGUGCAGAAAAGUAGAAACAUGUCGAUCCCUCUUUGUACAUUUUUGUACAUUCCGAAAUCACUCUUCGCAGCGGAUUGGUACCUCUAUGGAUGGAGGACAAUGAUUCGUGCUGGCCUCCCGCCAUGGGUUAGCAUGGUUCUGGUCAGUACCUUCUCAAGGCUGUCUCUUACAAAUACGUGAUUAAGACUUACAUUAAUAUCAUAUUUGUAACAUCACUUCUAUGUUUUAGAAUAUCAGAACGACAGCAUUCUGAAUACUUUCUUAAA